AUAAAACCGCGCCAUUUCAUUGCCCUGCCUAUAGCCUUCCCGGCACUUUUUUCUCACUCUUCUCCCCUUCACACACUACACUCUCAAGCUUUCCCUUUCAUCUACUUCCAUCGCUCUAGCAUUUUAGGAAUGGCUUCUUCUGAUAAGCUGAAAGUUGUGGAUAGAGAUGUUAAGAAAAAAGAUCACAAGGAUGAAAAGAAGGGUGGAUUUAUUGGCGUGCUACUUGGAUUUAUUGAAAAGGUAAUGGACUUCAUUCGUUACAUUGUCGUAAAGAUUAAGGGAGCUAUUGGUUUUGGCAUGCCAACUGCGAAAGUUACAGGGUUUCAUAUCCCGUCAAUAAAUCUAAAGGAGGCCAAUCUUGUUUUUGAUGUGCUUGUUGAGAACCCCACCAUUAUUCCAAUCCCUCUAAUUGACAUCAACUACUUAAUUGAGAGUGGUGGACGGAAACUUGUUUCAGGCUUAAUACCAGAUGCUGGAACUAUUCACGCACAUGGCAAGGAGACUAUCAAAAUACCAGUUAAUUUGAUUUAUGACGAUAUAAAAAGCACACAUCAUGAUAUUAGGCCUGGAAGUAUCAUUCCUUACAGGAUUAAGGUUGAUUUCAUUGUAGAUAUUCCAAUCUUUGGAAGGCUAACUCUGCCCCUUGAGAAAACUGGAGAGAUUCCAAUACCUCACAAGCCUGAUAUUGAUCUUGAGAAAAUACACCUUAAAAGGUUUUCCUUUGAAGAAACUGUUGCUGUGCUUCAUUUGAAGUUAGAAAACAUUAAUGAUUUUGACUUGGCCCUCAAUGGAUUAGACUGUGAGGUUUGGCUAUCUGAUGAGAGCAUCGGGGGUGCAGAAAUAGCCAAAUCUACAAAAGUCGACAAAAAAGGGAUUGGUUACAUUGACAUUCCCAUCACCUUCAGGCCUAAGGACUUUGGCUCUGCAAUUUGGGACAUUAUUAGAAGCAAAAGCAUUCAUUAUGCUAUAAAAGGACAUAUUAAUGUUGACACACCUUUUGGAGCAAUGAAGUUACCCAUAGGCAAGGAGGGUGGUACAACCCGCAUCAAGAAGAACAAAGAUGAUGACGAUGAUGAUGAUGAUGAGGUACCUUAACUAUGUUCAUUUCGCACUCAAUUUAACUGAUCACUCUUCUGUCUUCUUUUUGUAAAAUCUUAAUAUUGUAGAAAUUGUCACGUCAAGAGAAAAAAAAAAAAAAAAAGGUUUCUAUCUGUUAUGUCAACUCAUUUUUCAAGAUAUAAUUUUUUUUAAACUAUUGAACAACUACCACCACACAGCGGAAACAGCAUGGAUGCCAAACAUGUUCUAAGAGUGUACACGGCAGCUGAUUAGAGAACAUAUGCGCCUUUGUGUAGGCAACAUGAAAGUUUUAUAACUACGUAUUUUAUAUCAGUGUUCUGUUUUCUUAAAAAAUCAUUCCUAUCCAAGUAUAGUCUGAUGAGGACUGGAUUAUCUCCAUCUGAUCUUGAGGUGAUUCCGUUGAGCAUGAAAACUUCCUCACACGCUCCAUGAUGCCUGUUGCUUCUUGAGUUUGAUAGACUGUUACUGCUCUUCUUGUCAGCCUUUCCAUUUCCUACUCUGGCUUAUAGAAUUGUUGAAUAAACAAUCUUUAGAAUUUGAUUUGGCAUGCCAUUUUUUUGUAUAA